UUGUAGAUAAGGCUGUCUUUAGGCUAAACAAAGUGACCACAAGUCUAAUCCAGUGUUUUAGAGUCGAUUUGUUGCCCAGUUUUUGAGAAUAACUACUGAGCUGUCAACCCCCGCUGGCUCGUUAGGUCAUGCGGCGUCAGUGUGCGUGCGGCGCGGGCUGAGGCGAGGUGGAGGCACGCUGCUCUCAGGGUCGCCAGUCUGAGUCGGUGCGUUAGUGUCAGCGUGUCAGUCAUGGCGGGGAUGUGGAGGGUGGGCGUGGCCGUGCUUCUGGUGGUGUGUGCCGGGGCGGGGGCAGACACUCGGGACAGCAGCACAGUGACCCCGCCUGACCCGCCGCCCCAAGUCACGGUCGCCUUCAAAGUGCUGCAGCGAAAUGGAACCGAAGUGGGCGACGAGCGACCUCAAGGCGUGGCUGUCCUGGGCAUGGGCGAAAGAGGCGCCAAGGGGAACAGAUCCCUUGUGUGGGGUAGUGGAUUCCCGCCCGUGCCAGCACCCCCGCCAGCACCACCCUCCCAAGACGCCCCCAGCAGACGCCUCCCCUUGCCCAUAGUGACGGUGGCCAGCCGACUCCUAUUCUCUCCGGAGAGGAAGGAGCGGGAGAGGGAGAGGGAGAGAGAGAACAAGGGCGCCAGGAGCUCCUUAGUCGGGGACAUUCCCGUGCACAAGAUCGAGUUCGCGCCCGUGCCCGAGGGAGACGUGUACCGCACCGACAAGACGCACGCCCAGUCCUCCAUCCUCGCCUGGGCCGGCGCCUUCGUCUCCCUCUUGCAGCCCGCCAGCGUCCCUCUCGAUCUCAUACGCGCCGCCUGGGAACAACGCGUCUCCGGGGAAGAGCUCAUCAGAGAGUCGUUGAAGGUCGAGCCUGGCUUCGUGGCGUGCAUGGGUGUAGCCGUGGGCCUGGCCGUGGGGGUGCCUGCUGUGGGGCUGUUCGUGUGCUGCUGCCGGCUGUGUGGGCGCUGUGGGGGCAGCAAGACGCAGCACCACCACACCUCCUGCUUCAACUGCCAGCGACGCAGCCUCAUCGUCUUCCUUUCCGCAAUAUCCUCCGCUUUGCUGCUGGGCGUGGUGGUGGUGGUGGUGAGCAACGAGCGUCUGGGGUCCACGGUGGGGGUGGCGCAGCGCAGCGUCCACAACAACGUGCGGGACCUCGACACCUUCCUCGCCAACACCAAGAUGCAACUUCGCUUCCUCGUCACCAACGCCUACGAGCAGACCACGGACGCCAUCUUCAACGACCUCGAUGACAUCGAGUACCUGCUUGGGCGGCCACUCCAGCGGGAACUAGCGGCGGAAGCCCAGAUAGAGGUGGCCCUCGACUCCCUCCUACACAUCAGCAGCAGUCUGAGGAACAUCGCCAGCCGUAUGAGGACCCUUGAGGAGUCCCGGUCACAGGCAGCAGCGCGGGCAGAGGAGCUUCGUGGUCGCCUAGCGGAGUUGACGGCGGACAUCCAGCGCUUCGUGUCCCGCUGCUCGCUGGAGGACAUGGAGCUGUGCGCCACGCUGGACACUCGUGGCCUGGACAUCGGCUCCCGGUUCGACAGCUUUUCCUUCUCGGAGCAGCUGCGUCACUUGGCGGCGGUGGAGAACCAGAACCUGACGGAGACGGCCCGACACGCACGCCUCGAGUUUGAGAACAUCCCCUCGUACGUGGAGGCCAUGACACGCUCCACCCGCCAAGAGGUGAAGAGCAUGGUGAGGGAGUACCGCGCGCCUCUCUACACCAAGGUGCGGGGCCUGGACGGCGUGGCCUUUGAUCUGGAGGUGCGCACGAGGGACCUCACGUGGCGCUUCGACCGAGCCGCUGCCAUCCUGCUGGACCACGAAACCUACCGCUGGUACACGGGUCUCUCUAUCUCCGUCGCCCUGGGCCUGGUGUGGGUGCUGGUGACGGUCGGCGUGUGUUGUGGCAGCUCGGCGAACAACGGCGAAGACUCACCCACCGAGCGGUCCUGUGCGUCCAACUCCGCGGGACAGACUUUGAUCUCGUCUGUUUUCUUCAUGUUCCUGGUGUCCGGCGUGCUGUGGGUGGCGGUGAUGGUCCUGUUCCUGAUCGGGGCCCACGCACACGCCUUCAUCUGUCACCCACUCUACGAGGAGCCCAACUUCCCCACCCUCACCCACCUCCUCGACCACUCCGGCAUGGUGUACCAGAACCGCCCCGUCCUUACCAACCUCCUCCACCCCGGUCGAGAUGUCCAACUCAACAUGGGGAACGUGCUGAACCAGUGUCGGGAGGGCAGGACGGCCUACGAGGUGUUCCAGCUGCGUCAUUACUUCGACCUGGAGGAGGAGGUCACGCGCCGCACCACCUUCGACCUCUCUGACAGCCUUGGCCGCCUCAAGGUUAACUUGUCCCAGGUACAGCUGCUGUCCCCUGAGGCGGAGGUACACCUCGACCAGUUCCUCAAUUCCAUCAAGAUCGACCUCAUGCCCUACAGGAAGGAGAUGGAGAAGCCUUUAGUCAAGAAGAACCUCCCGGCCUUAGCGGAGCAGAUGCAGACGGUGGCCGGUCAGCUGCGCUCCGUAUCCGCCUCCGCCGAGCUGUUCCGUAUGGUGUCUAGGGUUCGCAACCUCAUCACCACGACGCUGUACCCGCUGGAGAAGAGAAAGGAGGACGUGACGUACCAGGUGGCCACGCUGGACCUGGAGGCCAUGCCCCUGCAGCGACAGAUCAACCAGAGCGCCGGCCACCUCAGGACCAUCCAGUACUUCAUCCACAACCACGGUUCAUCCCUCGCCGCCGCCAAAGCGCGGGGCUACGUGGAGCGACUCACGGCCUACACGCGCCAGUUCGCGACGCACGUGAGGAACUCUGCCCUGCACACGGUGGCGCCCUGCACCCCUGUGUGGGACCUGUACGACUCGGCUCGUGGGUUGGCCUGCAAGGGCAUCAUUGAACCUCUGAACGCCCUCUGGCUGGCCACGAGUUGGUGUCUGCUGCUCUUCCUGCCCUCCAUCUGUCUGGGGCUGGCCUUGGCACGCUUCUUCCUCCGCAUGGACUACGAUGAUGACACGCUUCCGCUGCACUCGAACGGUUCCCCUCCCGAGUCGAACACUAAUCUGCAGGGAGGGUCGUGGAGCUACAAGGAGAGGGACUUCGGGGGUCAGCGACAGUCCUACACCCCCCACCACCACCAGCACAACGGAGCGAGCCCCCAUGCUUUCAGGAUGGAGAUGAGGAGGCGGGACCGGCAACCUUCCAGCCGCAGGGGAUCCCGCGCGUCGAAGGACCCCGAUGAGAUGAUGGCCGUGGCGCAGGUGGCCGCGUGGCGCGACGCGUGGAAGGCCGGCGCGAGCUUCGUCACGCUGGAACUGGUGUCGCACCACGUGCAUCGGCCCCUCGAGUGGGUGCGGGAGCACUGGGACGACGAUCCCCGCAUUGGCAUCCCCGACGCCAGUGCGGCGGCGGCAGCGGUGUACGCUGAGCCUCCCCACGAGAGGAAGUGCAGCAUUGCCCUCAGUGACUGCUGCGAGAGGUCACCCUACACCUGAGAUAAGUCCUGCAUCACCACUACUACGCUCGCAUCACUACGGUACGCGCCCAGCUGCCACCCUCCACACCACGCUUGUGCCCUUCGUCCCCCUCCAUCCUACGCCCUAGCACUUCCCCUGCCGCCUAGUCUGCUUUCCCUUGCCCCACCUUUCUCCUUCAGUGGGAUCGACGCCUCUUGGGGCAAGGUUCGUAUGACGCUGACCGUCAUAUGAUGGAAGCGGUGUGUGACUUUUGCAGUCUCUUGCCUGUGUGUGUAGCAUGAGGGAGGACCUUUUGCAUCAAGGUGCGCUGCAUGGUCUAUGCACUCCCCUGUGUGUGACUUGGGGAGAGGAGGGGGGUGCUUGAGCUAAGCGGUUUGAAAUGUUAUUAUUUAGUUAAAGAAAAGGAGCCUCUUUUCAGUGCUGCUAAAAAUAUCCACUAUGCUGUUUGUCUUCAGCUGCUGCUGCUCUUACACUUCAUCUACGCAAGAAUUUUAUGCUAGGAUACGGAUAGUUGCAGUUUGUGUUUGUGUGGAGGGAGGGUGAAAAAUUAGCUACAUGAAGUAGCAGUUAGUAGGGGCAGGUAGACAACCGCUGUGAGCCUCCAACUAGCACCAGCAGUAUGUGGUGGAGCUGACGCCUUGUCGUUGUUCCAGACGCAAGCACUGGUGACGCGCCCGGGGCUUCAAGGGCCUUGCCGCGUCACGUGCCGCGUGUGACCCAACACCUGAGUCCGUCUGGAACACUCCCUCUCCUGGCUCCCCCUCGCCGCCGUCCGCCUGACAAACACCAACAGACCGGCUCUGCUCGAAGAUCCAGACUCCAUACUAUGGAAAGCCUUGGGUCGGGCCGGACCCUGUGUCUCCUAGAUGUUGUAAGGUGUAGUCUUUGUUGACGCCCAACUGUGUUGUGGGCUGUGAUAACCUCAGACUUGGUCCUUUCAGCUAUAAGUGUAGUGCUUAUGUUAACUUGUGUGUGUGCGAUGUGCGUAUGAACCAAGGGAAUUAAUGUAAGCUGGAUCACUUCACCUCCAUCGGGUCUUUCACAGCAGAAACUUGUUGACUUUACGUGCUGCAGAGACGGAAAAAUACCGAUCACUUUUUGUUGUUGUUGUUGUUACAUGGGCAAGGCAAUCAAACACUUUAUGUUCAAUGGAGCUCUUUUACUCCUGUCAAGCAGAAUUACCGAAGUGAGUGGUUUCGCUGCCCAGAGUUAACGAAAACGACCAACUACUUGCACAUUAUUUCUUUAUUUGUCCAUUAACAAGUUUAGUAGCUAAUUGUCUUGACACCAUACAGGCAUGUAGGCUACAUCAGCCUGGGAUAUUUUCAUAAGUUCUACAGACCCUCUCACUUUAGUGCGUUGUCAGCUCCAGUCACUCCUUCCAGCAUGAAGGAAGAGGCCACUGCCAGAGUCCGUCCCAUGGUACUGCCCCGUAUAGGUAUAGCUGAACGGCGAUACCUCUAGUGGGCAUCCCGCAGCAGGGCUCUUAAUUGUUAGGUAGAGUCUAUCAGACCACUAUAUUACCUAUGUAAAGUGAGGAAUUACUAGUCAUUACUGUUAGUUGUCUUCAUGUUUUUAUACUCUUCUAUUACAUAAGUACUCAUCACUAUAGAUAUCAUACAUUACGGCUAGUUUCAUAUUCUUGCCAUGUUACAUAGUCCCAAUGUCUACCACUAGUGUCUGAAUUGUGUGGGUAUGAAAUGAUCACCUUUUAAUUAACCUUAGCCAAGAAUAAAGAAUAAGAUGGAUGG